AUGGCACCUAGACUCCCUCCUCCACCCCAACCUAACGAGCCUGAUGCGUCCAACAACGCUAGGUUGUUGGAGACAGUGAUAGACCGCUUACAGCAGCAGAACACGACACUGAUGGAACAAAAUGCCACUCUAAUGCAGCAGAAUCAGAGUGCCAUGCAGAGUUUGGAAGCUUCACGUGCCAACUCUGAAACUACACAAAGACAACUAAUGGAGAUCUUAGCAGCGACUAGGCAUCAUUCAGGGGCGUCUUCUUCCAACGCUGCCCCGCCUAUUGCCGAAUGGAGCUUGGAGAGUUUCCUCCAACACCAUCCUGCUAAGUUCAGUGGAAAGGGUCUCCCAGACGAAGCGGACCAGUGGUUGAGGGAUAUAGAGAAGAUCUUCAAUGCCAAACGAUGCCCGGAUGAAAACAGAUUGGCGUACGCUGAGUAUUUACUGACUGGAGAAGCGAGCCAUUGGUGGUCGAGCGCUAGAGCUAUUCUUACGGACGCGCAACAACCGAUCACCUGGGAAGUAUUUAGAAACAAAUUUUAUGAGGAAUACUUCCCUGACAGCGUACGGUUUGCAAAGGAGGUAGAAUUCCUACAAUUGGUUCAAGGAAAUAUGUCCGUCUCGGAGUACACCAAUAAAUUCAAACAUCUCGUCAGAUUCAAUACUAUGGCCACAAGUGAAGUGUGGCAUUGUAGAAAAUUUGAGAACGAAUUGAGGAGUGAUCUCAAGGUUUUAAUUUCCAGUCUAUGUAUCCGGACGUUCCCAGCCAUGGUUGAGAGGGCUAAGGUACUUGAGAAAAAUAUGGCUGAGGCGGAACAACAGAAGAAACAACAGACGUCGAGAGGACCAGUUAUGUCGAGACCCAAUGUGUAUAGGAACAGGACCCCAUACGCUCGUCUAGCCCAGUCGAGUGGUUCACAAUCUAUGGUAGUUACUGGACAAGCCAAUCAACAAGGACCGGUCAGAUGUUUUCAGUGCGGAGGACCUCAUUUCAGAUCUUCAUGCCCUCAGUUGGUUGGAGGGAAAUAUUGCACUCGUUGUAAAAGAAAUGGUCACUUGGAGAACGAGUGUAAUAUGGGCGAACGUGCAGUGAUGAGGCCGCCGAACGCUGGAAGGACUCAGCAAGGAAGAGGUGGACGAGCCCAAGCUGUAGGGCGAGUAUAUGCGAUCACUGGUGCAGAAGCAGCGAAUUCAGAUUGUGGGGCUAAGAAACUAAUUUUUCCUGAGGAAUGUGAAGAAGAGUUGGGACUGACGCUCAGUCAAAUUAAAGAAGAUAUAAUGGAAGGCGCCAGUUGCUUCUUAAUCAUGACGCAUGAAGACCGAGAGCUGGCGGAUAAGAGUUUUGAACGUUCGUUCAAUAAGUACGCUGAAGGACGAACGAUUGUGGACGAAUUCCCGGACGUUUUCCCGGAUGAGGUGCCUGGAUUGCCUCCCGUUCGUGAAGUUGAAUUUACCAUAGAUUUGGUAACUACUGCGGCUCCUAUAUCCGUUCAACCGUAUAGAAUGGCACCCGCUGAAUUGGUGGAGCUUAAAAAGCAAAUAGAAGAGUUGAUGGACAAGAGGUUCAUCCGUCCAAGCUUGAAUAAGCUGACCAUCAAGAAUAAAUACCCACUGCCUCGCAUUGACGAUCUACUGGACCAGUUGCAUGGAGCGAGCGUUUUCUCUAAGAUAGACUUGAGAUCGGGCUAUCACCAGAUUCGGGUCAAGGAAGGAGACAUUCAGAAGACAGCCUUCCGUUCACGUUAUGGACACUAUGAGUACGUGGUCAUGCCGUUCGGUGUGACGAACGCUCCAGCAGUCUUCAUGGACUACAUGAACCGUAUAUUCAGGCCGUAUUUGGACAAAUUCGUGGUGGUGUUUAUUGAUGAUAUUCUCAUCUACUCCAAGAGUUGUGAAGAGCAUGAGGAACACUUAAGGGUGGUACUUGGAGUGUUGAGAGAAAAGGAGUUAUACGCUAAGUUGUCUAAGUGCGAAUUCUGGAUGAAAGAAGUGCAAUUUUUGGGUCACGUCGUGUCCGCUGGUGGAAUUUCAGUUGAUCCGGCUAAGGUGCGAGCGGUCUUGGAUUGGGAGAGCCCUCGUUCGCUGACCAGGAAGGAUCACCCAUUCGCUUGGACCGAUAGAUGUGAAUCCAGUUUCCAAGAGUUGAAGCAGAAGCUGACGAGCGCUCCAGUAUUAGUAAUUCCGGACACUGCCAAACCUUUUGAAGUUUACUGUGACGCAUCUCACCAAGGUUUGGAGUGCGUUCUUAUGCAAGAGAAGCAGGCAGUGGCGUACGCCUCACGGUAG